AUGUUUCAAGGUCACGCCAAAAAGCAUGGUGCUCCCUGGGGUCAUGGGUGGCGAUCAUCUGAUACUUUCAUCGUCAGUACGAUGAGUCUGGCGUUGUUUACUGAUGAACUACUUUUUGCCUUCAUGCUGCCUUUACUACCUACUGUUCUAGAGCAUCGAAUCGGCUUGGAUCCAUCUCUGACUCAGAAAUACACAUCUAUCUUUCUUAUAGAAGGAGCCUUCGUGUCUGUGGUAUCAAGUCCAUUCAUUGGGUCGAUAGCCGACGCAACAUCUAGCAAAAAGGCGCUUUUAUUGACCCUUCUUGUAUUGGCCUUGAUCAGUACUAUCUGCUUGUCACUCACAACCCAAUUGAUAUGGCUAUUUGUUGGUCGAUUCUUCCAAUGUAUCACUAGCAAUGCCUUGUGGGUUGUGGGAAUGGCAACCAUGGCCGAGAAUCUUGGAACAGAGCAUAUGGGCAAGAUUGCAGGCUUGACCUCUACGCUUACAUCUGCGGGCACCACCGCCGGGCCGGUUCUUGGAGGACUAUUGUUUGAAUUGGGAGGGUACUGGUGCGCGUGGGCGGGCGUGGCCGUUUUUCUAUUGGUGGACAUCUUCAUGCGCCUCAUCAUGAUCGAAAAGCCUGUCAAGCCUGGGCGGGUAACAGAAGACCGGGAACGAGAGCCUCUCCUGCAAGAUGCUGCGCCUGCAGUUGAUGGUGAACAGUCUGAUCGGCCAGUUUCAAUAGAGGUGCGAGGAUGGGGCUUCCAUGUUUGCGUUUUCGGCGAGACGAGAUUCUCUGCGGGAAUUUUCUCUGACUACGUCUAUGCUUUACUAAUUGGCUCCUUCGAAAGUACUCUGGCUGUACACGUGAGAGCCGCGUUUGGAUGGAGAGCUCUUCAUGUCGGACUAUUGUUAGCAGUUAUCCAGAGCCCUGGAAUGAUAUUGGCAGGUCCGGUAGGCUGGAUGAAAGAUCGGAUAGGGUCGCGGGCUCCGACUGCAGCGGGAUUUUUUGCUUUGGUACCUUUCAUCGUGCUCUUGGGAGUUCCCGGCGACAGCUCAUUUCCCUGGGCGGAAGCCUGGGGAAAGUACAUCUACGUGGGUUCCAUGGCCACGAUUGGAUUUCUAUUCUCACUUCUAGGCGGGACAGGCUCAAUGGCGGCAACUGAAACCAUUGACGCCGUCGAAGCGCGCGAGCCUGGUAAAUUUGGUCCUAACGGAGGUUACUCUCGCGCUAUAGCCGUGACUAGUAUGACUUGGAUGGCUGGACUUAUGACAGGUCCUCUUUUAGCGGAGUUUGUCAUGGGACAUUUCGGAUACUUUGAACUGCAACUUUGUCUUGGAGUGAUAUCCUUGAUAGCUGGAUUUGUCGCUCUGUUUUUCCUGGGCUCUAUCCAGUCGAAGUCAACAGAGCAGCAAGGUGUCUAA